GAGUAGUUCUGAAACCGUUCUUGGGACUGUUUUUUGGCAGGCUGGAACACACCUAUUGAUUUAUUUGACAAAAAUGACAAUUCAUGUUUAAUUUUGAUAUGUGGGUGAUUAAUUUUUUUUCAAACAUUUAAAAAUUAGACUAAUUUAGACUUUCUUCCAAUUAGUUAAACGUUAUAAUCUAAUUAGUGUCGAGUAAUAGAGUAAAAAUGGCUGCCCCAGUAAUCCUGUCCGCCACCGCAAAACACACUGCAACGCUUAUUUUCUUGCAUGGAUUAGGAGACACUGGGCAAGGAUGGGCUCAAGCUAUGCACGCCAUAAGGGCCCCAUUCAUGAAAGUAAUCUGUCCCACUGCCAAAACAAUUCCAGUCACUUUAAAUGCAGGUUUCCGUAUGCCUUCCUGGUUUGACUUGAAAACACUAGACGAAUCUGGUCCUGAAGACGAAGAAGGCAUCAAAACUGCAGCCUCUGAAAUCCAGUUGUUAAUCGAGGAGGAAGUUAGAGCUGGUAUCCCAGCCAAUAGAAUUGUCUUGGGAGGUUUCUCGCAAGGAGGCGCUCUGGCUCUUUUCACAGCUCUAACUUAUCCUCAAAAAUUGGGUGGUAUUGUUGCACUUUCUUGCUGGUUGCCUCUAAGAAAAAGCUUUCCAGCUGCAAAGAAAUGUCCCAAUGAUAUUCCAAUUUUACAAUGUCAUGGCGAUUGCGAUCCAGUAGUGCCAUACAAAUGGGGCCAAAUGACUGCGUCAGCACUAAAAACAAUCCUCACUCAUACUGAAUUUAAAUCUUACAGCGGAUUAACUCAUAGUUCUAGUGAAGCUGAGAUGCAAGAUGUCAAAGUAUUUGUUAAUAAGAAUUUACCUAGUCAAUAGAAUUUUAGUUUAAAUUAAAUUACAUAUUGGUUUUGUUUGGAAGAACAUUUUUACUAAAUAGUUUGCAUUUGUUAGAAAUCUUUAACUUAACAGCAGCAUUCCUUCUACAAGUUUAGGCAAAAUGUUUCUUUUUCUGUUAGGCACUUUAGUUUUUCUGUUGAAUUAUUUAUUUAUUGAUAAUGUAAUAGAUAAUUAUAUAUGUAUGAACUAAAAUUAGUCCUUUGUUGUUGGGAUAAUUUAAAAAACAUUUUUGUUUUAUUAAAGGGCAAAGGCCAUGUAUUGGUGGCACCAUCUAGUGGCGAUCGUCUAAGCUUGAGAUUCUCAAGUUGUAGGUAGAAAUGUUUGUUGAGUCACUGUAUACCGUCUUUGGCGAUUUACAGUGACUCAAUUCUUUUCGAACAAUGGUGGCGACAACAGAGGUCCUACUGCCAUAUUCUCGUUAAUUUUAAAUAAAAAUCUAGAAUUAAGCAUAUACAGUAAGUCACUUCCUCGCCGCCAUAUUCUUGCUCAUUUUCAAUAUGAAUAUAAAAAAAAAAGUCUGUUUUUUUUUUAAAGAUAAUUCCCCAAGUCGAAAAUUUAGUAACUAUGUUGGCAGCACAAGCCUUUUCUACAUAAAAAUUUGAAAGCGACAAUUUUACAUUGUAUUGCCAACAUAAUGUCAUUUUGACUUUUAUCUUCAUUUCGUCAUUUUAUAGGAUUUUAAAGAAUCAAUCAAAAUAGAACGGUAAUAGUCGCCAUUGUGGUUUAUCGAGUCACUGUAGCGUCGGGAAGCCCCAUUUUUUCGUAUACGGUCAGAACGUUAGGUUGAUUCGGAAAAAUAGGGCUUGAAUAAAUAAAGUUUUUGAAUUUAAAAAAAAAAAUCGUUAUUCGUUAUUUCAUUUGCCAUCUUCUUUUAUAUUGCGUUUUAAAAGAGAGACACAUAGAUUAGUUCCAACAGAGCACCA